UGCCGAGGGGGAGCUGGGAUCUGCGCAGGGCAAGGCCAGGUCAGGGAUCUGCAGAGGCCGUCUGCCCGGUGCAGCGCAGGUUGGGAAACUGCUGUGGUGGGAACCAAGAUGUGUGACCUGGGUCCUUCCGCCAGGCUCUGGAAGGGGAAGUGCCCGUUGCUCAGAGGAACCCUUCAGAUGUGGGACCCAACCCCACGAGGGAGCUGAGCUGCCCUGGGCCCUCAACAGCUCCGGCGGUGGUAGGGGAAGAGGUUGCGCCUUUCCCCUGCCGCCCACCCAAUACAUAGGGAGCAGCCUCCCUCACCUCCUAGCCAUGAACGGCUCCCGUGCCCCCCACAACGCCACAGGGGCUGUGGAGGAUGCCAUGCGGCUCAUCGCCAUCAGCACCAAUGCCCUGGUUUUGGGUCUGGGCCUGGCCGGCAAUGGACUGGUGAUCUGGAUCACCACGGCCGGCCGGGCCGGGCCACCCACCUUCCCCUCAGCCUGCUACCUCCACCUGGCUGUGGCCGACCUGCUCUUCUCCGCUGGGCGCAUCCCCGCCAUCGUCCAGGAGGUCUUGAGGUCCCGCUGGCCCUUCGGCCGAGCCCUCUGCAAGCUUCACUCCUUCACUCGCUACUUGGUCGUCUUCGCCGGCGUCUUCGUGCUCACCCUCAUCAGCCUCCAUCGUUGCCUGCUGGUGGCUCAGCCCGUCUGGGUCCGGAACCACCACAGGCCCAGGCUUGGGUGUUGGCUGAUCACUGGGGCCUGGAUCCUGGCCAUCUGCUUCAGCAUCCCCUACCUGGUGGUCAGGGACGUGGAGACCAAACGGGGGGAAUCCUUCUGCGUCUACCGGACAGACCUGCGGCAUUUCGUCGAGAUGCCCCUGAGGUUGAGCCGGUUCCUGGGCGGGUUUCUGAUCCCUUUUGCCAUCAUUGCUACGUCCUAUGUGGUCUUGAUCUGGAAGCUGAGGAGAAGAAGCUGGGUGGGUUCCCAGCGGACCUUCGCCUUGGUGCUGGCCGUGGUGGCUCUCUUCUUUGUUUGCUGGUUGCCCCAUCACGUCCUGGUGCUGCUCAGUACGUACCAGAAAAAGAAGGAGAUCUGGGGCGUGGCGCUCAAGCUGGCCAACGCCUUGGCCUACCUCCAUAGCUGUCUCAAUCCUGUACUGUAUGGGCUGGUGGGGUUCACCCGGAGCAAGGGGCGCCGGAGGGGCUCCUUCCUGGGCAUCUUCCGCAGGGCCCUGGCUGAGGAGGAGGAGGGAUCGAGUGAGAUGAAGGCAUCGCAGAGCACUAGACGGACUAGCUGAGAGUGGAGGACUUGGGACUCCUGGGUUCUAUCCCCAGAUCUGGGAAGGGAACAGAGUCUAGUGGGUUAGGGCAGGGUGAGCGAGGAGUCAGAACUCCUGGAUUCUAUUUUUCAGGUCUCUCGUUAUUUCGUUAUGUGUGUGAGCUAAGACCAAUCUCCGAAUCAGUCUCUCACCUUCUGCUUCAAUUUCUUCAUCUAUAAAAUAAGGGUAGUAAUCCUUCUGUUGUCUAUUCAGACUGUAAACACAGUGGGGCAUGGACAGUCACUCACUGUGUGUCUGUGCAGUGCCCAGCACAACGGAGGGCUUUGAUCUCAUUCGGGGUCUAUCUAUGUUAGAGAUUAUGAGACAGCUUCAUCAAAACUGUUGGUCCUUGUGUGAAUGGCUCAGUUUUGUGGAGUUUCUUGACUCAAAAAAGUUUUGGAAGAAAACUUUCAAAGUUGUCGCCAGCUCAUGUUUUGAAAUGUCCAAAAUGAAAAUUCCACAUUUCUGGCCCCCAAUUUUUUUUUCUUUUUAAAUUUAGGCUCACUUGUGUUUUUAAAGUUUUCAGAUGGUCAAAAUUUGAAAUGAAACAUGUUGAAAUGAUCAAACCAAAAUAUUUUGAUCGACCCAAAUUGAAAUCCCCCACCCCCUGAUUUUCAUGUUUGUGAAUAUUUUUGAGAUUUAUUAUGUUUCCUCUCCAUUUUGCACUGGCAAAUUUUUCAAAAUCUCCCCUUAAAAUGUUGCAGGCCAGGAAAUAGCUGCUCAGAUCUACAGAUUAUUUCAGAACGGCUUCCUGUGGAGUUGGAACUGUGUGUGAGACAGUCACAAGUUGCAUGAGAGGCAGGGAGUCUUGAACAGGAGAUCUAUGUGAGACCCAGAAAGGGAACAGAGAGGCAGUUUCUUGGGCACAAAGCCUACUGGAGAGGCAGGCAUGGGCAUUGUGGUGCAAGGAAGCUGCCUGCUGCCCCUUGUUUCUACAACAGUUGGAGAAUAAGGAGAGUGUGUGUGUGUUCUCAGUAAAUAAACAAGAUUAUACCAAAGAAUGGACCUGAUUCAGAGCAUCAAUUUCUCCUCCUAAUGGAACUUGCAACCCCACCAGGCCCAGGAUAUUAGCAAACCGCUGGGUUCAAAAGAACAAAGAGUUCCCAGAAAAAUCAGGGUACUGGGCUGCCCUGUACCCCUUAGUGUAAUUCCCAAUGUGGGUAGACAUACCUGCGCUAGCUUCGAUGGAGGUAGCAUGCUUAAAAUAGACGAUUUAGCCACAGCUAGUGGGGCUGGUUGCCCUGAGGAUGUACCUAGGGUCUGGGACAGGAUCACAUCACUGGGCUACAUGGCUAGCAGGGGGGUGUCUCCCCGAGUUGAGAAUCUCACCUCCAGCUGCAGUAUAGAUGGACCCCGACUGGUAGAAGGCAGGUGACAGCUGAACUGUUGCCAAGGGAGAUGGUUUAAAAUUUUCCAGCGGAGCAGUUUCCCAUCAGAAAUCACUGAUUUGACAACAUGGAGACAUUUUGGGGCAGGAAUCAAUUUUUGUUGGAAUUUUUGAAGCAAAAUUAUCAAACAGUUAAGGCUGAGGCGUUUCACUGUGUCUUUAUUGUGUUGAUUUUUAUAUAAUUAAUAUCCAAGGAGAGUUGGGAGGAUUCCAGUUUUAUUGUUUUAUGACACGGUUUGUUUUUAAAUACCCAUGUGAGACUUUUUCUGAUCGACUUCGCAUCUCACCGUGGCAGGGAAGUAUGGGGAGGGCGGGGAGACAAUGACUAUUUAAUGGCAGUAGAUAAUGGGAUUCACGAAGUUCAAAGCUUUACAGCCGUUCAAAUACAAAUCAACAUCACAUGACAGACUAUGCAAAGUAAAUCGCCUUCAACCAAACUCAAAGUAGAUCACAAGCAGUGUUUUUCUGACUUUGCCCAUCUGUACAUUUCAAUGAUUACGGCUGAAAAUAUUUUCUGGUGUCUGUACAGUGAAACUGACAUUUACCGACAAUGGCCCAUAACAACCGAAUCCUUCUCAGCCUAAAUAAAAUACAUCUUUAUA